AUGGGAUGGUUCACCGGCAUAAGACGCUACUUGCUGGUGGGGCUGUGCUGCUUGGUGGUGCUGUGCGUCUUCAGCCCAUUUCGGGGUAAAUUGAGCAGUGCACAACAACUGCCUCCAGCACAACGCCAACCCGCACCCCCCGCACCGCCGCCCACCAAAAAUCCGGCGAUCGCACGCAGGAUUUCCGCCGAUAAGGGGCAGCAAAAACCGCCCGACGGGUACGGCGAUGGAAAGAGCUGGCCGAAACUAUUCUGCAUGAUCAACACCAUCCCCAAAAAUCAUGCGACGCGCGUGACGGCCGUUUUUGAAACGUGGGCACCGCACUGCGACGAGCACAUCUUCAUGACCACGGCGCGCGUGUUGGAGAAGAAGGCGACGGCUGCCAAGAGGGGCCAGAAGCGCGUGAAGAAGCCGACGUUUUGGGUCUACGAUUUUAGCCAUCUGGGCAAUCGAACGAAACCUCACGACAGUAAGGAAUGGCUGUGGGACCGGAUGCGAGCUGCCUUCAAACGGGUACAUCAAGAGAAAUUGAACGAUUUCGACUGGUUCCUGAAGGCCGAUGACGACACGUUUGUCAUCGUCGAGAAUCUCAAGGAGUUUUUGACGCGGCUGGACCCGGAUAUUCCGUAUUUUGUACUACAGCGGCAUUGGUUGCUGGAGGAUGGGCGGGACCCGAAUCAAAUCUACGGAAGCGGUGGGGCUGGCUAUAUUCUGUCGAGAGCCGCCGUGAAGAAGUUCAUCGAAAUCAUGCCAAAAGCAUCUGAAUGUCGUCAGGGCAGCUACAAGCACGAGGAUACGGAGAUUGGCGAGUGCCUCCGGAAUGCCAACGUCACCUUUAUCGACGCGGCCGACCCGUCUGGCAGGCAUAGCAUGCUGCCCAUCAAUUUUGGGCAUCUACUCUCGCCGCUCGACGGGCAUGGGGUCGCCUGGGCCCAGGAGACGUCAAUAUUACCCUUGGAUAAGAAAAAGAGAAGAAUAAUGAAAACAAGC